UCACCUUUGGAUCCAUGCUUCGUAUAUAUUGUAUGUGUAGAUACCGAAAUCAACACAGCUUUAUCGUUCCUAAAACCCUAACUCCCCUGGAAAUCCUAUCUUAUCCAUCAUCAUGAAAUCAGGGUUUCGUGAUAAAAGUGUUCGUGUCUUCACGGAGGAGGAGAAGAUGACAAAGAUCAAUCGUUUCACAGAGAAGACCGCAGUAUUCUUCAAUACUGAUACACAUUUUCUGUUGAAAUUUCAAGUAUUAGAGAAAUUGGAAAAAGAAUUGAGCAUUUGGAAGAAUAUACAGAGAAGAAGAAGAAGAAUAAAGAGAAGAAUAAAGAGGGGUAAACUUUUACCGACCAACAGAUGGUUUAAAUUCAAGCUUAUUGCUAAAUUUCUUGGCAAGAGAAGACCAAUAAACAAGAAAAGAGUUGCCAGACAAGAAUUUCUAUUGAGUUGCAUCCAAAGCAAGUUGGAUUUGAUUAAUCAAAAGAUGCAGGUUGGUAUUCGAUUACUCAUUAAUAAUAAUAUGCCACUUGCUAUUCAGAUCAAAAGCAAGUAUGGCUUCUCAGCUUUCCUGAAGAUGCGGUCUCAUGGUUAUCGCGGAAAGCUAAUAUUUCUCAGUGGCAUCGGAGAAGAUGUGGUCGGGAAACUCGUGAAGGAGGCUGCACGCAAGGGAAUCAUCUAUGAACUUCCGACAACACUAGGCCACUUCGACGGCCACAAUUUCACAAAAAGAAGCGAUAUUGUGAAUGCUCAAAGCGCACGAGAAAGGGUACAGGAGGCUCAGUACUCACUGAUCAUACCUGCCGAAACGAGCCAUAAUGACUCCGUUGUUGAUCAUCAUUCAUCUUCCUACUUAUUUAGAGAUCAUUGGAGAUACAAUGACCAUUGACAGCUGCUACUUGAGAGAACAAAGUGUGCGAAAAGGAGUCAAAUUGGCAUGGAGCUAAUUCUUACACAUUGUUGUUUUGUAUGUUUGUUAUAUGCUUCACUGUGUUGCAAGAAGAUUGAGAAAAUUCUAGUUGUGUCUGUAACUUGAAGAGCAUUGUUAAGUUGCGAUAUUUUUCAAAAUCUAUCAUACUAUUAGUAACUCUAGUAGUA